CUGGCUUCGAAAAUUGACGCUACAUCUUCACGAUUUGCUCAUCCCGCCUGUCCAGAUUCUCUGGUCCCCAUCGUCAGCAAACAGUGCCAGCGGGCAGGAUGGUACCGUAAGAACUCAGCUUAAACCCCGAGACGCGCCCAGUUUCCACACGGCCUCAAGCCGCGCUUGCUUGGUGAACGUGUGAGAGUGCCGUCUGCGACCAUCAUCCAUGGAACCCCGGGGCGACGCGCACAACGGUGGCGAGCAGCCUGGGCUGGAAGUGGCGAGCCACGGAGGCCUUGAAGUGGCGGCGCAGGAGCGCUGUGGAUACGGCCAGUCGCUGCCCGAAGUUCGUCCCGGCGAGUAUCUUGAGGCCGGCAAAGAGGUCACGACCCCAUACUCCGACUAUCCGGAGCACUCCCCAUUCUCGGGGCCUCCGCCAUAUCCGCCCCAUGGACCACCAGCAGAACCAGCAGGGGCGCAAGCCACGAGAAAGAAACGGCUAUGGCUUGUUAUUGGAGGUGUCAUUGCGGUUGUCGUCGUCCUCGCUGCCGUACUUGGAGGGGUACUUGGCAGCCGAGCAGCAAACUCGUCAGCGGCAUCACAAACGGGAGCCGACUCAGGGGAUUCGGCCCAAAACCCAUCCACAGCCGGGAACACGACGGACAGGACGUCUGGUAGUAAUUCGACGGGCACACAGUUGAUACGUCAGGGCUCCGGGCUGAGUGUGACGGGCUGGCGGAAACCCGAUGGCGGUGUCGAGACAUACCUCUUCUACCAGGAUUCAGCGAACGGUCUUCGCUAUUCGCGGUGUGACACGAGCCGUCGCUCGACUGGCAAUGAGUCCGCGUGCUGGGAGCCGCCCAUCAGCUUCAACUCCGUUGCCCAAAUGGGCACCCGCCUGGCGGCGUCGACCAUUAUCUGGGGUGACAAGUACCGACCCCAAACCCAGCUCUUCUACACAGACUUCCACACGCGUCUGCUCGGCAUCAACAUCAACGCCCAGCUGCAGCCUAACGUCUCAGACGACAGCGUCAACAAGGUCGACGUCUCGACGGGGCCCAACAGCAGCCUGGCAGCUUACUGGCCAUGGACCAUCUACCAGGACCCCACGGGUGAGCUCUACCACGUCCGCAACCUCCUGGGCGGCAACUACGAGCCAUCGGUCUUUUUCUGGGAUAACAACGAGACGAACACAACGACGGCCCUGAACGCCUCCCGCCUUGCCGUCGUGCCCACCUCCACCAACUUCAGCCUCAUCGCCGUCAAGGCCGGCUACGCCGUCUUCUACCAGGACGCGGCCUCCAACAAGCUCGCCGUCGCUAUCACCGACCUCGCCUCGCCCGAGGUUCCCGAAGGGUUCGCCCAGCCCUGGCCCGUCGCCCUGCCUGACAUCGUCAUCCCUGCCCGGUCCCCAAUAGCAGCUUUUUCGGUCGCGAGACCAGGCGACAGGCUCCAGCGCGUGGAUACCUACGUGCUGUACCUCGAUGCCAACGGGGAUAUUGCCGUGCUGUACACGGCACCGUCGUCGUCGUCCUCGUCUGAGAUGGCGGCGUGGAUGACAGCGCAGCCCGCGGCGCUGAAGGGCGCGGACCGGGAUACAGAUAUCGCGUGCCUGAAUAUGCCGACGUCGUUUUGGGACGCUGCGGGGGCGGACGUGCUGCUGGAAGAGGCCUCGGCGGAGACGGCGAGGUGUUUCUUCCAGAGAGGGGGCAAGGUGGUUGAGGUUAGGUUGGACAGUAGGGAGACGGGGGAGUGGGUGGUAGUGGGGGAGGUGCCCAUGUCUUGAUGGCUGGUGCACUGGCUUUGCUUCUUGAAUGUGGCAGAGUUAUGUGGGGUGUGUUUUGGGCCUGGGUUGUCUUUGUUUGGAUUGUGAAUAUUGGAUACACUGGUUUGGGGUUUUUCAGUAUUUUGGAAAAGGCAAGGUGGCCUACGGUACCGCGUUGUGCAGUACAAUGAAUGUCUGGUAGCUGUCUGGCAACUGCAGACAAAGAGAGGUAGAAUUCCAGGUUUCUUUGCUGUAUUCAACCUGAC